UGCGCCGUCUCUUCUCGCGGUAACGUUAGUAUACUGUUAGCUUGCUAGCUAACCCUAUCGUUUCCAGGUUUCGUGUCGACCUGAAAAAAAAAGCAAACGAAGAGACACACAGAAAGGCUACGCAGCCGAAUACUUUUUAAAGCCAGGCUGCACUGAGGAGCGGGACAAUGCCGCACAACUUCCAGCCCGGAGACCUGGUUUUCGCUAAAAUGAAGGGGUACCCCCACUGGCCAGCCAGGAUUGAAGAUGUGGCUGAUGGGGCAGUGAAACCACCUCCUAAUAAAAUCCCAAUCUUCUUCUUUGGGACACAUGAAACAGCAUUCCUUGCAGCAAAGGACCUUUUUGCCUAUGAAAAGUACAGCGAACGCUAUGGAAAGCCCAACAAAAGGAAGGGAUUCAAUGAAGGUUUAUGGGAGAUCCAGAACAAUCCACAUGCCUCCUACAGCGCACCGCCUGCACCGGCCAGCUCAUCUGACAGCGAGGGCAACAAUGCCGGAGGAGGGAGUGAUGAGGAGGAGGAAGAAGAAGAUGAGGAGGAAGAAGCAGCCCCUGUGCCUCCGAAAGUAGUCUCAGCGAGUGAAGCUGACUCAGAUUCUGGGAGUGAAGAUCAAGGAAGGGGAGGAGGAGGGAAGCGAAAGCCACCUCCUGCUAAGGUAAUUUGUGUUUUCUGUUGCAGCGACCCCCCCCCUCAGAAAAAGGCUCGCGGCUCGUCCAGUGAGCGAGACAAAGAGGAGAGUGGAUCUGAAUCAGAACCCACACCGUCAGAGUCCGACUCCGGCAAGAACAGUGACCAGGAUUUCACUCCAGAGAAGAAAGCUGCUGGACGAGCUGGAAAGAAAGCCGGAGGCCGAGGGAAGAAGAAGAAGGCUACGUCUGGCUCGGACUCCGAAUCGGGAUCAGGGUCAGAGAAGAAAGUAGCGGACAGCGACUCCGAGGACGAGAAGCCUCGACCCGCUCUGUCGGGCUCUGAAUCCCACUCUGCCUCAAAGUCUGAAUCGGACUCGGAUCCACCCCCCCGGAAAGGUCCACAGCCACGCAAGAAAGCUGCUGAGAAGCCCCCACCAAAGCCCCGUGCACGUAAACCCAAACCCACCCCGGCAAAACGAGCACCUUCAUCCUCCUCCGACAGCGACAGUGACAGUGAUACCGACCGCAUCAGUGGAUGGAAGAAACGGGAUGAGGAACGCAAACGAGAGCUGGAGGAGCGGCGGAAAAAGGAGGAGGCAGAGGAGAUCCGUCAGCUACGUGAGAGGGAGAGGGAGGAAGAUGAGCAAAAGAAGAAAGACAAAGAGAAGAGUAAAAAGGGGAGCGACAGUAACAGCGGCAGCAGCUCAGAUGGAGGUGUAGAUGAUCAUCCAUUGAAGAAGUCCAAGAAACCCCCUCCAGCCCCAAUCCCUGCACCCUCAGACUCUGAUUCUCCAGCACCCAAUGAGGCUAAGAAGUCUUCCAAGAAGCCCGACAACCAGAAGAAAGCAAGAAUAAAGAAAGAGAAGGAGAGAAAGAUGAGGAAGGAGAAAGAGCUCAAAGAGAAGAAGUCCAGACGGUCAGAAGAGAAGUCCAGAGCGAGGUCUAAGCCUGAAAAACCCAAACGCAAACCAGAGAGGCCGCCGGAGAAGAAAGUGGAAAAGAAAAAGGAAUCAUCACCAGAAGAAAAGCUACAGAAACUUCACACUGAUAUAAAGUUUGCACUGAAAGUGGACAACCCGGAUAUAGACCGGUGUCUACAGGCGCUGGAUGAACUCGCUGCUGUGCCCGUCACCAGCCAGAUCCUCCAUAAGAACGCUGAAGUUAUUGCAACACUGAAAAAGAUUCGGCGGUAUAAGGCCAGUAAUGCAGUCAUGGAGAAAGCUAGUGAGGUCUACAACAAGUUAAAACUUCGCUUCGUGGGAAAGCCGGAGGGGCCGGCGAAAGCUCAGACGGAGGACAAGGAUCCAGAAGAUAACGAGAAGGAGACACAAGACACAGACUCCACUCCAGUGAAUGGGGAAUCAGAAGAAAAGAAAAAUGAUAUGGAGGUAGAAGAAAAUCCAAAAUCGCCGGCCAAUGUGGAGAAUAAUGACGACGCUGCUUCAAGUCCAAUCAGACGGAGCCCGGACAGUCCUGCUGAACAACAGCUUCACAUCUAUGAAGAAGCCGACAAGUCCAUCUCUGCAGAGACGGAACCUCCUGCUGUAGAAAGCUGAAAGACCCUGAACCCACCACUACAGUGGACCAAGUGCUAAAGAUGGUGGCCUCUUUGUUUGACGUCAUACACUGCUCCUGGCAUUUCCUACAGUAUCUGUUCCGUCAAUGUUGAUGUUUUGGACAUUUUGUACUAUAACGAUAUCAAACCAGAAGGCCCUGUUGCUCACACCGUUUGGUCCAUUAUUUAUCACAACACAAAGGAAACGCUUGUUAGUGUGGUAGUUUGUGGCGCUGCGCAAACUCCUUUUAUUUCUGAAAAUGUACUUUUUCUUUUAUAAAACACACGGCCCGUCCUGGAUCUUCACCCUGUACUCCUGCUACUGGCUACUUUGUUCUUUCUACCACAUGAACUCUUACUUUGGUUCUUUCAUACCCGUAUGUAUAUUGAAUGAUUACAUUUUUUAGCACUUCUAACCUGAAUUUAGGCCGGGGUAGUACGAGAUGAAACUUCAAUAAUUCUUGUGGGAAAAUGGAGCCAUGCCGUUAAUUUUUUCACUUGGAAGAUUUUGUGCAGCCCUUCAUUUUUUUAUAAAGCCUACAAAACAUCACAAAGGCCUCUCGUCUGUGUGUAUGACAUUGUGAGAGUGGUAAAGUACUAUAUGUGAGUCUUUUAUGUUAAGCUUUUUUUAUUAUUAUUGUCUGGUCUUGAUCCAGUUAAUCCAGUCUGAAAUGUAAAGCCAUUAAUUGAGUCACUUAAAAACUGUUUUACAACUGAGGUCCACCUACUUUUUUAUAGCCUUGUUUGCAAAUAUUUGCAUUUACAGUUUUGUCUAAAAUAACAAUUGCUGUGGAGUUAAACACCUUGCACUCUCGUCUCCCCAUAGUGUCUGCUUUCAGUAACUUGCGUAAUAAAUGGAAUAACUGUACAGAUUGAAAACUGCCAUUAAAAGCUAUUGAGAUCUCAUGUAGCUGCAGCCUAUUUUGACAUGUCCCUGUCUUAUGCAUACAACAGGUGUUUUUAGUGCUAUGUAAAUUGGUAAAGCAUUUCUAUGACUUAGUUGAGACUUGAAUAAAAAUCUCAGCAUGG